UUGUAGCUGUCAAACACUAAGGUUUGGAAAACAACCGAUGUCCUCAGUCGCCGCCCUGCAUCGCCCCAAGCGAGUUAUAAUCGGCCACGAACCAAGAAGUCCUGAACCAUGGCGUUCAGGAAGGCUCUGAAGCACACGGCGAUGGUCGGCGGCGGGGCGGUCGCCACAGUUUUCGGGCUCUCGCAGCUCAUAGAGUACAGGAAGACGCAGGCUCGGUUAGCCAACGUCGCAGCCGAAGCAGAGGUCAGGGUUCCCUUCGCCGACGAGUUCCCCUCCCGGCAGGCGCAGCUGGCGGCGCUGCAGAACACCGAGGAGUUUGACGUCCUGGUGGUCGGAGGAGGGGCCACGGGGGCGGGAUGUGCCUUAGACGCCGUCACACGCAACCUCAGAACCGCUCUCGUAGAGAACGACUUCUCUUCGGGGACGAGCAGUCGGAGUACCAAGCUAAUCCACGGGGGGGUCCGCUACCUGCAGAAGGCCAUCAUGCAGCUGGACUACGAGCAGUACAUGAUGGUGAAAGAGGCCCUCCAUGAGCGAGCCAACCUGCUGGAGAUCGCUCCUCACCUCUCUGCGCCUCUACCCAUCAUGCUUCCUGUUUACAAAUGGUGGCAGUUGCCUUACUACUGGGCGGGGAUCAAGAUGUACGACCUGGUGGCGGGGGUGCAGUGCCUGAAGAGCAGCUACAUCCUCAGUAAGACCCAGGCCUUGGAGCGUUUCCCCAUGCUGAAGAAGGACAAGCUGGUGGGAGCCAUCGUGUACUACGACGGACAGCACAAUGACGCCCGAAUGAACCUGGCCAUCGCGCUCACGUCGGCACGCUACGGCGCCGCCGUUGCCAAUUACACCGAGGUGAUGCACCUGCUGAAGACCAAAGACCCUCAGAGCGGCCAGGAGAAGGUGUGCGGGGCCCGCUGCAGGGACGUCAUCACAGGACAUGAGUUUGACGUGAAAGCCAAGUGUGUGAUCAACGCCACGGGGCCGUUCACGGACUCUCUGAGGAAGAUGGACAACCAGGAAACCAAGAACAUCUGCCAGCCCAGCGCCGGAGUGCACAUCGUCAUCCCCGGCUACUACAGUCCUGACAACAUGGGUCUUCUGGAUCCGGCCACGAGUGAUGGACGCAUCAUCUUCUUCCUGCCCUGGGAGAAGAUGACCAUAGCUGGGACCACCGACUCCCCCACCAGCGUGACGGCUCACCCCAUCCCUGGGGAGGACGACAUCAACUUCAUCCUGAGGGAGAUCCGCAACUACCUCAGCCCCGACGUCGAAGUGCGGCGAGGAGACGUGUUGGCGGCGUGGAGCGGCAUCCGGCCCCUGGUGACCGACCCCAACUCCAAAGACACUCAGUCCAUCUGCAGGAACCACAUCGUCAGCAUCAGUGACAGCGGGCUGGUCACCAUCGCCGGCGGGAAGUGGACGACGUACAGAUCGAUGGCUGAAGAGACUCUGGACGCAGCCAUCAAAGCACACGGCCUCUCCGCCGAGCCCUGCAAGUCCGUGGGUCUGAUACUUGAGGGGGGCAAGGGCUGGACCCCCACCCUGUAUAUCCGCCUGGUGCAGGACUACGGGCUGGAGAAUGAGGUGGCUCAGCACCUGGUGGCGACGUACGGAGGGAAAGCCUUCGACGUGGCCAAGAUGGCGAAGGUCACCGGGCAGAGGUGGCCUAUUGUUGGGAAAAGACUGGUGUCUGAAUUCCCUUACAUCGAGGCAGAGGUGCUGUAUGCGGUUAAAGAGUACGCCUGCACGGCUACUGACGUUAUUGCUCGGCGAACCCGUCUGGGCUUCCUGAACGUGCAGGCGGCGGACGAAGCGCUCCCUCGCAUCGUGCAGAUCAUGGGGAAGGAGCUGGACUGGAGCGAGGAGAAGAAGACGGCAGAGCUGGAGACAGCCAGGAAGUUCUUGUACCUGGAGAUGGGCUACAGGUCCCGCUCCGAACAGCUGACCAAGACUUCUGAGAUCAAUCUGGACAACCAGGAAGUAGCCAGGUACAAGAAGCGCUUCCACAAGUUCGACAAAGAGAGCAAAGGAUUCAUCACCACUGUGGACGUCCAGCAAGUUCUGGAAAGCAUCAAUGUCCAAAUUGAUGAGAACGCACUCCAUGAAAUCCUUAACGAAGUGGACCUCAACAAGAACGGACAGGUGGAGAUCGAUGAGUUCAUGCAGCUCAUGAGCGCCGUGAAGAAGGGACAAGUGUCCGACAGCCGCCUGGCCAUUCUGAUGAAGACGGCGGAGGAGACUCUGAAUAAACGCGGCCCGGUGACGGUGGACCGCAGCGGGGGGGGAUUCUGAUCCCUGGCGGUGACGAACAAAAGGGGCUCUCGCGCUAAUGGGCUAUCUGACAGACAAUAACGCAAUCAAGCACACAGGAUGAGCAAAUCAAGCGCCCCUCCGCAGUGUUCUGAGGGAUCUGAAGAUGGAGGUUUGUGUUUCACAACAUCUGGUGCCUCUGAUGUCACUCAGCACAUCUGUUUUAUACUGUCUUUGGUAUUCUAAUCAUUCUCUUUGUACCAACACUGAUUCUUUUAACUUCCAUUGCUGAACAUUAUGACACUGAUUACUGAUGCUGCUGGUUCUCGUGGCAACUAGACGUCUAUUUUACAGCUUCAUUGUUUCUCAGCUUAGCACUCCACUUUGGAUGUAUCCAGAAAUAAUUCACUUUUAUUUUUUGACCUUGAAUAAGUGAGAGAAACUCCACAGAAGUAACCAUUAAAGCCCUGACUUAAAGCCACAGGGGAUUUUAAUAUUUAGGUCUAAUCUUAGCUUGUCCGUGUUCCCUGUCAGGUGAACCUGAAUGCACUCCAGAUGUUUCUGAAGUCCCCCCCCUGAGUUAUCUCACACACUACCAGCAAACUGCUACCAUACUAAGGUUUACAGGACAGGGUUUCCAGCUUUAGCGUUACUGAGCAAGAUGCUUUGAAUCUGUUCUGUAUUUGAUAUUAUUAUUGUCGCUGCAGCCGCUUAUAGGUACAAGAGGUUCUGAUAUGUUGCACGAGAGAGUAAGGAGUGGUUCUGUUUGCAUGCAACAUGUUUUCCUGAUGUAAAGCAAAUCUUUAUUUUUACACUGUUGGAAGUGGAGUGUUCUGUUAUUUCUUGUGUUGAGGAUGUAUAACUCUGCAUGCUGAUGUUCAAUGUGACCCAACAGGACAGUUUAAUACUCCAGCUUAUCUUUUUGUGACUGAUAGGAAACUAAAAGGCAGAGCACCUGAUGAAUGUAUGAUAUGUGCCUUGAUGUGCCUCAGUUAUGGUCCUAUUUUUCACUAUGCCACAAUCCAUGGUAACUAAUACAACACGUCAUGUUAAAGAGGUGUAAUAUAAAGAGUAAUAUCUAACGUGUAAUGUUUGUUUCGUGGGACUCUGGUUGGAAGGGGCAGCUGCCAUGUUGGAGGGUUCAAACGUUGAAUUGAACCCUUAAUGUUGAUCAAAAGCGACACACUCUCUCUGGUAGAGUGGCAUUUACUGUUCCUGUAAUCCCAUUUUCCAAUCUCACAGUGUCCAGGCUAAGUUAUUGUACGGCUGCUUUGUUUGCACAUUUGAAACUAAAAAUGCCGUUUUUUUCAGAGCUUUUCUCACAGGUCUGAUAUUAGAUGGGACUGAAUUGGACCAAAAGGUUGAUGACAUUUAUUUCUGAGCACCAAGCGGGGAAAUCAGCAGGUUAGUAUAGCUUUCAGAUGUGUUACAGUACAUUCUUUUGGUGAAACUUACUCAGUCAUCAAUCUUAUAAAUGCCUGUAUUGAUGAGAGCUUGGUGGUAAUAUAAGUUAGGUAGGAAUCUUAGACAGACCGCUUUCAGUGUGACGAGUCUCCAGAGGUCUAUGAUCGUCCUUCAGUGUCCAGUGUUUUCCCCAUCUCCGGCCCAAUUCAUAAAAGCAAUUCAGUUGAAACUAAGUAAUGUAAUUUAACUCCUCCAACACGGCAGUGACUCCAUCAGUGACGGGCCUCUUGUUGAAGGUUGUGUAUUGCCUCCUCAUUGCCUUCAUACGAGGAUUUGUGUUCAGAUUGAUCCAAGUUUUUCUUCUGCAGUGAACCCAUCAUUCCAUCAGGUCUGAUCGCUGUACUGUUACUGAAGUGUGUGUGUGUGUGUGUGUGUGGUCACAUGGGGGUCAGCUACAGGACCCUUCAAACUGCCAACAGCUGUCCCUGGGGAGUAGCUCCUGGGCAGCAGGACUGAUGAUGUGUGGAUGAAACUUCAGCUUGGUCCAGGCUGCGUCUUCAGCUCAAACAGCGAUUAUGUCAUUAAAUGUAUCUGGUUGCACA